GUUCACCCUUUUACUCACACUACCCCACUCUACCCCCGCGGAAUCUCCACACCCCACAUGAACACCCCCGCAAAUGCCUACACCUGAACGCUCCGCCGGCUAAACCAGCUCCUGUGUUAACACGAGGCAACCCUUGUCGUCGUAUUCAGAGCUUUCGCAGCUCAGUAAGAGGUCGUUUGUGUUCACGGAGCAGGUUCGUUCUUAUUGCUGUUUCUUGCUUUACUUGACGUAUGAGCUAUUACGAUGCCACUGCUUCCAUCUGUGUCCAAGUCGAAUAACUUGUCACAAACGUUUCUGGCCUUUAUGGAGCGAGACAAGCAGGAUACCCUUUCUAAAGCAACCUUGGAUCCGUGUGAGGGAUCCGAUUCGCCUAUAAUCGAAAAACGAGAGCGGUCCUCUAACAGCGAAUCUGGCUCACUAAGUGCAAGGGUUUUUGUACCAAAAGAAUUUAGCUCGUUUCACUUUUCUUCGCCGUCUGGAAAUGAUCUACACUUUACAAAUAACGAGAUGACACCAGCUGUGCAAAACCUGGAGCUGCUGCAGGUGGUUUUAAACGCGUUUUUUGCUCGUCAACAGUCAGGACCGGACUUGUUGGCUUCACCGCCAUCACAGCAACUGAAACGGGCUCUUUUCGGGGGCGAUAGACGCGAAUUACGCAAACGUAGAAUGAUCACCUCGACAUACACGUGUCGUGGACCUUCUUGUGCUUCUCCAACAUCGCAAACCGAUGCGAUUGUCAACUGUAAUGAAGGGUCUCCACACACGGACAAACCACGGUCUGCAAGUCGUAGCGACUUGCAGUUUAAUUCUCAAACCUCCGCGUCUGACAACCACAGCUCGGAACUCUUUGCUCCUAUUCCAUUGGUUUCUCAAACAUCCACUUCCUUACGCGGUUCCCUCUCUCAAAGAGCUGCUUUUCCCUCUUCCUCGCCUUCUUCUCCCUCUUCAACGAGCUCCGCUACCUCUGCCGUCCAUACACCAACCAAUGCUCCCGUAAUUCAUUCUUCUCCUUCCCAAAUGGAAGCUGUGAUGAAAAUGCAAAGUCUUCUGACUUCCUUCUCCUCGUUUCCCAAACCCGUUCAGUCCUAUCUAAUUUUUCACUUUCUCCAAAACUCACACAAGCACACAAUCCAAGAGAUCUCUUCUCUUUUAAACCCUCUCUUUCAACGGGACUUUUUGGCCCUUUUACCGCAAGAAAUUUGCCGACUCAUAAUUAAUUAUCUGGAUGCGAGCUCGCUUUGUAUGGCAGCGCAGGUGUCUCGCAGAUGGAACACCCUUUUAAACUGCUCGCGGGAGCCUUGGGAGAAUUUGUUUCGUGCUGAUGCUUUUCAUUGGGAACGCAAGGAUGAGGAGCUGCGCCAAAAAUGGCUACAACAGUCUGUAUCUCCGUGCACUAUUAUGAAGCGCAUUUAUUUACGGCAUCAUCGCUUACGCCAUAAAUGGCUUGACAAAAACACGAAGCCUUCGGUUCUUUCUUUUCCUAUUCAAGCAAACAAUGUUAUUACUGCUCUUCAGUUUGAUUUUGAAAAGGUUGUAGUAACCUCCGACGACUAUGUUAUUCACAUCUAUUCCACAAAGACUGGGAAACUGUUACAGCGUCUUGAAGGCCACGAAGACGAAGUGUGGGCUUUUCAGUAUGUGGGAAACACGUUGGUUUCCGGUUCCUCAGACAAGACUGUCCGAGUGUGGAAUAUGGAAACUGGUGAGUGCAAACAAGUCUUCUAUGGACACACGUCUGUCAUUCGUUGUUUGCGAAUUGUGACAAACGAUGAUUUACAUCCAACAUUAAACGAUGAAAAUACUCCCGUCAUCACCAAUUCAUUGCCCUUGAACUCUUACAUCGUCACUGGUUCGCGUGACUCGACCAUUCGUGUGUGGAAAUUGCCGGAUUUAACUGAUCCCACCAUUCCAGCACAACAAGAAACAACUGCUGCUAAUACUGAAGAAGCAGCAGCAUCUGCGGCUGUAGACCGCGACAACUCGAAUCCUUACUAUAUCAGAACGCUCCGUGGCCAUGCAUUAACAGUACGUGAUAUUGCAUGUGCGGGUGACAUUGUUGUGAGCGGCAGUUACGACGGUACGGUUCGUGUUUGGCAAGCGUCUACAGGUGAAUGCCUGCAUGUUUUGAGAGGUCAUGUGGACAGAGUGUACAGCGUUAUAAUAGACGAAACGCGACAGCGUUGCAUAAGUGCUGGCGUCGACGCAUGCAUUCGGAUAUGGAGUUUGAUUACUGGAGAAUGUCUGCAUGUACUUUCGGGCCACACGAGUCUUGUGUGUCAGGUUAGUUUGACUCAAGACAUUCUUGUUUCGGGCUCUACAGAUGCCACUCUGCGGGUUUGGGAUGCUGAAACGGGCAAGUGUAAGCAUGUACUUAAGGGUCAUCUUCGACAUGUUACAUGUUUUCAGCACGAUGAGAGUAAAGUGAUAAGCUCUAGUGAUGGAACUUUGAAGCUAUGGGACGUUCGUACAGGGACAUUUGUGCGUGACCUGCUUUCGGAUUUGCAACUUAUCUUCCAAGUUAAGUUUGUUGAGUACAAAUGUGUUGCGGCAAUUCUUCGCAACAACCGUAUGUAUCUCGAUAUCUUGGACUUUAGUGACAAUGCUACUUCUCCUCGUAUCACUAGUGAUGUGACAGCGUAGUGAGCAGGUUCCUUGUUUUUCAGGCUUGGCCCUUACCAUUUCUUCAAUUCGUUUUUUCGUCUUUGCUUUUCGUUCAGUUUCGCGGCAUUACUGGUUUUCCUGCGUCACUUACCUUAUCUUCUGUUACAAACUUUUCCUUUUCUUUCAUUAACCUUCGUUUUUCCUUAUCUUCGCACACAGUCUACUCUCGUCCCAAACACGUUUUCUUCUUUAGUUCUUGAGCUCUUUACAACCCGCACUUCAAAUAUGAAUAUUUAUGAAACUACUUGCUACUGAAUAAAACUUCUUGCUUUUCUUAACUUGGUACUGAACUGUGGCAGCAUUUAAAUGUAU